CACGACCCGAUAGAGAAAGGCAGCGCAACAUGCGCCCAAUUCCGAGACUGGAAUUUGAUCAUGACGCGAGACUCGGGCUUCAUCUUACUCUAUUUUCAUUCAGUUCGUGAACAGAUUCACUAAUGAUCACCAGUAUCCUUAUAUACGGGCUUGCGAAGGCUUGUGACCAUCGAACCAUCGUGAUGAAUGAAUUCCUCCAAGUAGCCAGGCAAUCAAGGACCAAACUUACCUGAAACUAUGCAGUACCAGUUCGCACGAACGCAAGGAAUGCCCUACACGUACAACUAGGCAGUACCCCGCAUUUCCCCGCAUCCCGCAAGUUACAAACGACACAAGAAUGGCGCCCAAAAAAACCGGAAAAAAGCCUGCUGCUGCUCCUCUGUCGAAGGGGAAGGCGGGUAAAACGAAGAAUCCGAUGUUCGAGGCUUCUGCGAAGAAUUUUGCUAUUGGGCAGGACAUCCGGCCUCCAACUGAUCUUACCCGCUUCGUCAAGUGGCCUGAAUACGUUCGCUUCCAGAGACAGAAAGUGAUUCUUAAUCAGCGACUUAAGGUCCCUCCCGGCAUAGCUCAAUUUAGUCACACACUCGACAAGAAUACUGCUACCCAAUUAUUCAAGCUGUUUAACAAGUAUCGCCCUGAGACAAAGGUAGAAAAAAGAGAGAGAUUGACCAAAAGAGCUGCAGAGAUCAAGGAUGGGAAGGAGCCCACCAAAGAUGAGACUAAGAAACCUCAUUUGGUCAAAUAUGGCCUCAAUCACGUCGUUGCCCUUGUAGAGGCCAAAAAAGCGUCCCUCGUUGCCAUCGCGCACGACGUUGACCCGAUUGAACUGGUCGUCUACCUGCCCGCCCUUUGUCGCAAGAUGGGUGUACCAUAUGUUAUAGUCAAGGGCAAAGCGCGUUUGGGGACGCUGGUGCAUAAGAAAACAGCGGCAGUUGUAGCGAUUAACGAGGUCAAGAGUGAAGAUCAAAGGGAGCUGGCCACACUCAUCAGCGCUGCAAAAGCAAACUUCACGGACAAAUACGAAGAACAGCGUCGUGUUUGGGGAGGUGGUAUUCGUGGUCCCAAGUCUGCGAAUAUGCUUCGCAAACGGGCUAAAGCGAUGGGGAAGACUAUCAGUGAUGUAAAUGCUAAGAAGCUUUGAGCUGCAGUCAGUUGAAGCGCGAGUUGGAUUCUCGUUAUCAAUCUAACAUCAUAUGGUAUACAAAUGAAAGCAUGAAUGUUGUACAUUUGCCGAUUCCAAAAAAACAAAUUUAUUACGUGUCGUCG